AUUUACGCCCAUAGAUAGAAUUUCUUGAGCCCGGGAAGACUCGUUGAGGCAACAGACAGAAUAACUCCUUCAACAGGACGUAGCAAACGGCGAUAAAAAAAAGACUACGUACCAGAAAGACUCUUUACCAGACACUGGGCGAAAGAUAAAGGAUUCCCGGGAAAAGCGCACGAAAGCGAAAGCGCACUUUUUUCCCGGUGGAGUGAGGGCGCACAACUUUCUACUGAGCGUGAGAAGACGUCUAAAUGAACAGCCAUUUGGACAAGUUCAUCUCACCCCUUUUGAGGGUGUAGAAUGGAAACAACCCUCUAUCUAGAAGAGGCGUUUAACGACAUCCGAGGAAGCGCUGUUGUUUUUUCUCACGACAGCAUGAUGAAGAAAGAAAUGAGUUUAAACCUAGAUGACCAGAACAGUUCUAACUUAAAGCCAGACCUGAGAGACGCCGAAGGCAUACUCAAUUCACCAGACCUGGGAUUACUGAAACUGGCUUCGCCAGAACUGGAGCGGCUCAUCAUUCAGUCCAAUGGUAUGGUUACCACGACCCCGACAUCCCAGUUUGUUUAUCCCAAGUCCGUGAGCGACGAGCAGGAAUUCGCCGAGGGCUUCGUUAAAGCCCUGGAGGAUCUCCACAAGCAGAACCAACUGAACGGUGGACCGUGCGCGCCCCCGACUCUGAGCAGGCUCGCGAGCAGCGCCACUCUCGCUUUACCGUCGGACCUUCCCGUCUAUACGAACUUGAGCACGUUUGGAAGUAGCCCGCUGGGCACCACGGUGAAUUAUUCCACAGACACGAUCCCAUUCCCACCACCGCCCUCGCAUCCGAUUAGCGCGCAGCAGUCGCAGGCGCGGCUCCAGUCCCUGAAGGACGAGCCGCAGACCGUGCCCGACAUGCAGAGCUUCGGAGACAGCCCGCCUCUGUCGCCCAUUGACAUGGACACGCAGGAGCGCAUUAAGGCGGAAAGGAAAAAGUUGAGGAACCGAAUAGCCGCCUCCAAGUGCAGGAAAAGAAAACUGGAGAGGAUAUCGCGACUGGAAGACAAGGUCAAAACCCUAAAGACGCAGAACACCGAGCUGGCUUCGACGGCCAGCGUCCUAAGAGAACAAGUGGCGCAGCUGAAACAGAGAGUCAUGAACCACGUGAAUAACGGCUGCCAGCUGCUCCCGAACCAAGUCCAGGCAUAUUAACGGCGGGUCGAGGGCGAACUCCAUCCAGUAUUCUCUUCAGUACCGUUCUCAGAGGUCACGGACUGAUUAUGCGAUUCCCACCAUCGGUUUGUUCAGCAGAAUGCUCAGACUUCCUGGAACCCUGCCAAAAGAGGGGACACUUAUUUUGGUGCUGAUGUAAAAAAAACAAAAACAAAAACAAAACAAAACAAAAAAAAAACGUUUUGAUUAUGUUUACAUUGUUUUGUAGCAGACUGACUAAGGUGGUCUCUCGAACACAAUACCAAUUACACUAUUAUAUUUGUUCUCGCAUUCUCAUCCUAUUUGGGACAGAGAAAAAGGCUAAGGCACUACGGUUUUUUUUUGUUGGGUUUUUUUUUUUUGCAUAACGAGACAAGCUCAAUGAGUGCGGUCGAACAGAGAUGUCAUGCAUGCACUCUUCUUGUUUAAAGCCUUAUUCGUCUACAAGCACUUAUUAACCAAUGACCUUAUCUAUUUUAUAUAGAGCCAGCUAUUCACACAAUGUCUUAUCUUUUGCUAUUGUUAAUUGUUUGGCGUUUUGUGUUGGAUUUACUUGUCCGAAUGUUCUUUUGAAUUUGUCACCCCUCCGUGUAUUUCGAGUUUCAAAUGAAAUACUGUGUAAUAAAGUUGUAUUGCAUUUGC